GGAACAUAUCGAAAAAUUGACCAAAUACCAGCAACAACGACUCACAGAUCAAAGUACCCCAUUGCACCGCACCCAGUUGAAAAACCCGAGAACCUUUUCUGACUGUAAAGAACCAAAUACAACUCUUCUUCCCACCCCUCUCCCUCUCUCUUUUAUCUCUCCAAAUUACCGGAAACUGAAUCCUUUGGCAAGUAACAUGGGAGUGAUCUCUACCUACAAUACUAAUUGCAGGAGUAUUUGCCCCAUCAACAGGAGACGAAGCAGAAGAAAGACCUCCAUUCUUCUCAGGUAAGAGAGAGAGAGCGCUCCAUUCUCAACCAAAUCCACUACCACCCAAGAUCAUAGUGCUAGUGAGAGAGAAAGAGAGCUCCAUUCUCAAUUGAAUCAACAACCACCCAAGAUCAAGUGCUAGAGAGAGACUCAAGAGCCAGAACUAAAAGAGAAGUGCCCAUUUUCCUGGUUAAUUAAGAAUAAGAACAAGUAGAAUAACUAACAGAGAAAGAGAGAGAGAGCUGAAGCCAAAAUGAUGGUCCAGGACAGAUCUGCUCCCAAGCCCACGAAGCCUCGAAUCAGAGCCCCACCAUCCACAACUCAUGAACACUCAUCUCUGGACACUCUCUGGUCAUGCUCCAUGACACCACAAAAACUCAUCUUUCUCUCUGUAGCGAUUGCCACCGCUCUCCUCCUCCUCUUCCUUCGGAAAACAGGCGAUACAGCUGCUUUCCUCUGCUUCCAAAGCGCCUCUGUCCACCCCAAAACCACCAUCACAGUACCCUCCAUCUCUUUCUCACUCAUACCCCGAAUUCCUGAUCCGACUCGCUAUGCCCCAUUCAAAUCUGAGCGUUGGAUUGUCGUCUCGGUCUCAUCCCCACCCACCGAUGCCCUACGCUCUCUCUCUCUUUUAAAAAGCUGGCAACUUCUUGCCAUUGCCACUUCUGAAGCUCCCCCUGAUUGGUCCCUCAAAAACACCAUCUUUCUCUCUCUUGACGAACAAGCCCAAUUGGGCUAUCGAAUCCAUGGCCACCUGCCCUACAAUUCCUAUAUUCGGAAAAACAUUGGUUAUCUCUUUGCAAUUCAACAUGGAGCAAAGAGAAUUUUCGACGCAGAUGAUCGAGCUGAGGUUAUAGGUGGAGACCUUGGAACCCACCUUGAUCUUGAGCUUGUUGGUGCGGAAGCAAAGAAAGACUUGCUUUUACAGUACAGCCAUGAAUUCUCGAAUAGAUCAGUCGUGAACCCAUAUGUUCAUUUUGGGCAAAGGUCAGUUUGGCCAAGAGGAUUGCCUCUUGAGAAUGUUGGGGAAGUGGGUCAUGAGCCUUAUUACACAGAGAUUUACAGUGGUCGCCAAUUUAUACAACAGGGGAUCUCCAAUGGCCUUCCUGAUGUGGACUCUGUGUUUUACUUCACUCGAAAAUCAGCCAAUGAAGCUUUUGAUAUUCGUUUUGAUGACCAUGCUCCUCGUGUCGCAUUGCCCCAGGGUCUAUUGGCGCCUGUGAAUUCUUUCAACACCUUGUUUCAGUCCCAAGCUUUUUGGGGUCUCCUGCUUCCAGUUUCAGUGAGCUCCAUGGCGUCUGAUAUCAUUAGGGGAUAUUGGGCACAAAGGAUCCUAUGGGAAAUUGGAGGCUUUCUUGUAUUUUAUCCUCCCACUGUUCAAAGAGUCGAUAAAUAUCAGGCCUACCCAUUUUCAGAGGAGAAGGAUCUCCAUGUAAAUGUAGGGAGGCUUGUGAAAUUCUUGAUUAACUGGAGAUCCCAAAAGCACAGCCUUUUUGAUAAGAUCUUGGAAUUGAGCUAUGCAAUGGCUGAAGAGGGGUUUUGGGGUUCAAAGGAAGUGGAGUUCACAGCUGCUUGGCUUCAAGAUUUGGUGGGUGUUGGGUAUUUGCAACCGAGAUUAAUGGCUUUGGAGCUCGAUAGACAAAGAGCGGUGAUUAGCCAUGGAGAUCAUAGGGAAUUUGUUCCAUUGAAGCUUCCCUCUGUUCAUCUUGCUGUUGAAGAAGCAGGGGCUGUGAAUUAUGAGAUUGGGAACCUUAUUAGAUGGAGGAAGAAUUUUGGUAAUGUAGUGUUAAUCAUGUAUUGUGGUGGACCAGUGAACAGGACACUGGAAUGGAGAAUGUUGUAUGGUCGUAUUUUCAAGACUGUUGUGAUUUUCUCAGAAGUAAGCAACGCGAAGCUUGGAGUUGAGUAUGGCCAGCUAUGGCAGGCCUACAAGUAUUUGCCCAAAGUAUUCGACAGGUUUUCAAAUGCUGAAGGAUUCCUAUUUGUGAAAGACAACACUGUAAUCAACUAUUGGAAUCUCAUUCAAGCUGAUAAGACAAAGCUAUGGAUCACCGACAAGGUCUCUCAGUCAUGGACAAAAGUGCCCACACACGCUAACUCCUCUGCAUGGUAUCUAAAAGAAGGUAGUGUGGAUGUUUUAAAAAAGGUCACAAGUACCCUUCCUGUCCAUUCCCAAAUCAAUUACAAGGAAAACAUGGGUGAUGAACAUAUAGCUAUAUGCAAUUCAGAAAUAUUCUAUAUCCCUCGAAGGUUUGUGAGCGAUUUUUCGGACCUUGUGAGCCUUGUGGGUGACAUGAAGCUCCAUCACAUGUUUGCGGUGCCAAUGUUUUUCUUGGCCAUGGAUUCGCCAUUCAAUUUUGACUCUACUCUCAGUAGCAUGGUUUAUCGUGCUGAUGCAUCAGCCAAUGGCGGAAAAAUUUAUUCAGUUGAAGCGCCUGCUGUGUAUCCGUGGAAUGUGUUGGAUGAAUCUGAAUUUGCAAAGCUUAUCAGGGCCAUGGCUUUGGGGGACCCCCUUUUGUUAGAAUUGUUUUGAGAAGAUUUGUGGGGCAGAUACAGGUUCAAUCCAAAAACAUCUCCAUUGCUAUAAUUCUUUUGUAGAUGAAUUCAUUUGCUUGGUCUCGUCUUCUUCCACCCACCCUAACUUUUUGUCAUGUCUUGUAUGUUCUUAAAAAGGCCAUAUAUUGAAAGUUUUCACGAUACCAUCAUCUUGCCUGUA